AUGGGGUCUCUAGAUACACUGGAAUAUAUGAAGCCCUUUCACGGGGCUUUGCAUUUUAAGGACCACACCGGGGAUGUCCCAGAAUUCAGCCAUUCCCUCCUGUCUUUAGAUCCUUUCAACUCACAGGGUGACAUCUUUCUUCUCCAAUGGUGGGAAAGAGUCUUUGACUGCAAGUUCUACAGGCGAGGGAAAAUCCCUAAAGUGGAAGAGAAAACAUGCACGGGAACGGAGAAUUUACAGACUCUGCCAGCUUUUAUAUUUCAGACGAGCAUGACAGGUGACAGUUACAAUGUCUACAAUGCCAUUUAUGCUCUGGCACAUGCAUUACAUACAAUGUAUGAAUCAGGAGCACGGCCAGCUAUGAUGAGGCUUGGAAAGAGGAUCUCAAAUGUCCAAUCGUGGAAGGUCCUUCCCUAUUUGAGGAACGUCCACUUCAACAACAGUGCUGGAGAUGAAGUCUCCUUGUCAGAAAACGGACUGGGAUCUGCUGGUUAUGAUCUUCUCAACUGGAUUUUCUUCCCUAAUCAAUCUUUUGUCCCCAUGAAAGUUGGGCAAAUAGAUCAUGGGCCUCCUCCUGGUCAGGAUUUCACCGUUAACUCUGAUGCAAUCGUCUGGGCCACAAAGAAGGUGCCCUUUGCCAGGUGUAGCAUGAAGAGGUGCCAUGCUGGAGAGAGGAGAAGUGUUCCAGAGGGCAAGCAGGUUUGCUGCUACCAAUGUGCCCUUUGUCCAGAUGGAACCAUUUCUAAUCAGACAGAUGCAACCCACUGUGAGCCUUGUCCAGAAGACCAAUACCCCUGUAAGGACAAAAACUAUUGCAUUGCCAAGAAGCUCCACUUCCUUUCCUAUCAAGAUAACCUGGGAUACACUUUAGCUUCUUUAGCUCUUUCUCUCUCUGUGAUCAGUUUGGCGGUUCUGAUGAUUUUCCAUAAACAUCACGACACACCGAUUGUCAAGGCCAACAACCGAGAUCUCACCUACAUCCUCCUGGUCUCCCUUCUGCUCUGCUUCCUUUGUUCCUUCCUCUUCAUUGGUCAACCUGGGAAGUUCACUUGUCUUUUACGACAAACAGCUUUUGCCAUUCUCUUUUCUCUUGCAGUUUCUUCUGUAUUAGCAAAAACUGUCAUAGUGGUUUUAGCUUUCAUGGCCACCAAGCCAGGAAACAGGACACGGAAACUCUUAGGAAAGCCAUUGACCAACUCCAUUGUCUUUGGAUGUCCCCUGGUCCAAGCAGUUCUUUGUGCCACCUGGCUGAUAAACUCUCCACCAUUUCCCAACUUGGACUUCCACUCAUUGAUUGGCGAGAUCAUCUUGGAAUGUAAUGAAGGCUCAGGUUUAAUGUUUUAUGCUGUCCUCUCCUACCUGGGUGUUCUGGCCCUCAUCAGUUUCACGGUGGCCUUUUUGGCUAGGAAAUUGCCCGACAGCUUUAACGAAGCCAAGUUCAUUACUUUCAGCAUGCUGGUCUUUUGCAGUGUUUGGAUCACCUUCCUCCCCACCUACCUGAGCAUCAAAGGGAAGUCCAUGGUGGCCGUGGAGAUCUUCUCCAUCUUGGCCUCUGGGGCUGGUCUCUUGGCUUGCAUCUUUUUCCCCAAAUGCUACAUUAUUCUGCUGAGGCCGGAUCUGAAUUGUAGAGAGAAUAUAAUGAGGCAAAAGAACCUGUGA